CGGGCGCGGCGCCACCAUGGCGUUCCGGAAGAAGGGCAGCAAGAACCCCCCGGUCCUGAGCCACGAGUUCAUCGUGCAGAACCACGCGGACCUCGUGGCCUGCGUCGGCAUGUUCUUCGUGCUGGGGCUCAUGUUCGAAGGCACCGCGGAGGCCUCGAUCGUGUUCAUCACGCUGCAGCACGGCGUGGCCUCGCCGGCAGCGCGGGACGCGGCGGAGCCCGCGGCGGCCAGGUUCCUCUACCACUACGGCGUCAAAGACCUGGCCACGGUCUUCUUCUACAUGCUCGUGGCCAUCAUCCUGCACGCCACGUUCCAGGACUACGUGCUGGACCGCUUCAACCGGCGGAUGCAGUUCCCCAAAGCCAAGCAGAGCCGGUUCAACGAAUCGGGCCAGUUCAGCGCCUUCUACCUGGUGUCUUGCGUCUGGGGCACCUUCAUCCUCAUCUCGGAAAACUGCCUCUCGGAGCCCAGCGUCAUUUGGCAGGCGCAGCCGCAGAACAUGAUGACGUUCCAGAUGAAGUUUUUCUACAUCUCGCAGUUGGCGUACUGGUUCCACGCCUUCCCCGAACUCUACUUCCAGAGAACCAAGAAGCAAGAGCUCCCUCGCCAGCUGGUCUACAUAGGCCUUCACCUCUUCCACAUUGCCGGGGCGUAUCUCUUGUAUCUGAACCACCUGGGCCUGGUUCUCCUCAUGUUGCAUUACUUUGUGGAGUUCCUCUCCCACCUCUGCGACCUCUGCUACUUCAGCGAUGAGAAAUUCCGCAAAGAGAUUUCCUUGUGGGCCGUGGUGUUCAUUGUGGGCCGGCUGGUGACUCUCCUGGUGUCUGUGGUCACCGUUGGCUUUCACCUGAGUGGAGAAAAGAGCCAGGAUCCAGAUGCUCUCUCUGGGAACGUGAACGUGUUAGCUGCCAAAAUCGCCGUCCUGUCCUCCAGUUUCACUAUCCAGGCUUAUAUAACGUGGAAUUUAUUUAGUGUCCAACUGCAAAGGUGGCUCGAGGGCGAGACUAGUCUGCAGAUCCCGGGUGUGAAGAAGAAAAGAACUAAAGGCAAGACUUUGAAGAAAGGAACAGAGAAUGGCCUGGCAACGUACAUUCGAAUUGACCCCCCUUAUAAGAAGAAAGAGAAAUAUUCACAAUGAGUUACAAGCGGGUGGCCUGAUGUCCCCCAAAGAAGUAGUUCUCUAAGAUAACGUCUUCACUAGUGAUCUCUUUGAGUUCUUAAAAAUAGUUUGUGCUGUUUUGAUUUUUUUUUUUUUUUUGCGGUUGUACUGUACCAUAUUUUUAAAAGCGUUUGUGGGGUAGAUAACUUCUGGUUACCACGCGUGGGGAGGUUGGUGUUAGUCUGAGCUACUUGUCAUCUAAAUGGUUUAUGGAUCACCCCCAUCUUUCAUUAUUGACCUCGGGACAUUUUCCUACUAAUUUGUAGGGAGAACUGCAAAGAUCCAUUAUACAUCAGUGACACAAUGUCAUGUUUCUACCCAUCCUUUAGGAUAUCAGCAGUGUGUCCAGUUUUCAACAAAAAACAUAUUCUCUGUGUUUCCUUUGAGAAUAAAGUGGCAA